UAUAAAAGGAGUCCGGUUGCCGGUGUAAAGCAGAUCAAAACCGAGUGGACGAGAGCUCGCAGUAGUAGAGCGGUUACAUUUCCUGACCGGGUCUCAACGUCAGCUUGCAAGAUGACACUCAGCCUGUCUUUGGUCAUUCUCGUCGUGUCGACACUCCUGAGCCUUGCAGCCGCUGGCGGAGGCGGACACGGUGGACAUGAUCACGUGGUAAUUCACGUCCCGUAUAAAAUCAAGACCAUUCAUCAUACGCACACGAUAACGAAACACAUUCACCACGGGGGCGGCGGCGGCGGCGGUGGAGACAAGUACGAGGUCCUCGGCUACACCGUCGGUCACCCAAUCGACCUUGGAGGUCACGGAGGCGGUGGCCAUGACUUCGGGGGUGGCGGCCAUGACUUUGGGGGUGGAUUUGGAGGCGGCAGUUUUGGCGGAGGUCAUGACUUUGGCGGAGGCGGUGGCGGUCACGACUUUGGUGGCGGCUGGGGUGGCCAAGAAGAAUAUGGCGGCGGCCAUUAGCCGAUCGUCGUUGUUUUACGUCGUCGCGCUGCAAGUUUACCUUAUCGUAGAGUACAUAGAAAAGGUUCUACCUUACAACCUCCCUUAACCGUUAACCCCAUCCAAUCAUGU